GUCGGCGAUCGUUGUCGGUAGUUAUAGCGUCGGCUGUUGACUGUGCGUCUCGUCUGUCGUCCGUUCCGAGCGAGAAAUCCGCAUAACGUCAGCGUUUGUGCUACGGCCGAACAGUGGACCGACAGUCGUAACGAAACCGUCAGCAGGUACCGCCGCCGCAACAUCAGCAGUUUUCCGAGAACAAUCCUCGACGGACAUUGUCGUCGUCGUCGUUCACCGUCAACACUGUUCACUACUAAAUAGGUACGUGCGCAUAACACAAUAUUAUACCUGCGUUAACAUGCAAUUUUUCGUCGCCGCGGUCAAUUAUGUAUUAUCGCCGUCGUCGUCGUCAUCGUUGUUGUUAUUAUUGUUGUUGUAUCCAUCCGCUGUUGUUAUUUUGACGACGAUAACUCCGAACGCGGGUACGCACGCGCGGGCGCGAUACACACGCUAUGCACGCACGCACGUACGCAGACGAUCGCGUCUUGGAAAUAUUUUGGCAUGUGUAAGCCGAUAGCGCGCUGCACGGUAAACGCAUCGUCUCUGCAGUCUUGACAGUCUUGUACGGCCGUAGACGUCGCGAACGCAAUUAUCUCGAUACUCGUAUUCUUAUCCCAGAGAUAUACGUAGGCUUGCGACCCGGUGUGUACCUAAUUGUAUUUGUCUUCGAGAAUAAUUAUAAACCGUCGUAUCCAAUAUAGUCGCCGGCCGUCGUGUCCGUCUGGUAGAAAAACGAAACCGUUACAAAUAAUCGUUUGCAGUCUGUUCUGUGAGUAUAUUAUUCGCCGCGAUAAUAUUCGUCGUUCUUGCGCGGCGGUGACCGAUGACGUCGUGUGCGCCAGCGAUGUUUAGAUCAGGUUUCUCCUUGGUGGUUUGUUUUUCGUUUCAAGUCGACAGGUGAGAGAAAAAAAAAAGCCGGAGACAGACAGAGCCGUAUAGAACAAUGAAAACGCUUCGCAAGCUUGUUAGAGGCGAGCGGUGUGGCGUGGACGAGUAAAUGAGGCGAAGUAGAACCCGAUUUUGCCGCUGCGGCCCGUGACCAUCGAUUUGGUUUUGAGAAUGCGUUUUACAAGCUCCCUCUGUUUCAAAUAUCCGCACGGUAAUUGGUCUUGGCAAUCCGGAUUAACUUAGAGCCCAGUAAAUUCAUACGAUUUGUCUUGACUGAUUAGUGCACUUUUUUUUUGUUUACAAUAUUGUGAUAAGGAAACAAUGGAUUCUCGUUGAAUAAAACGAAAAAAAUCAAAAUAAUAAUAGUUGAAAUUAUUAAAAAAACGGAUUUAAUGGAAUGUUAAAGUAAACUGUAGCAGCGAGAGUAGUCGGGCCGAACAGCUCGCGUGAAAUAAAAGGCGAACCAGAAUAUAAAAAUAUCAUGAUAUGUAAUGCUGAUCAAUUAUAAUAUUAUUUUGAUACAAAGUUUAAAUAUUGAGAUUAGAUACCUACCUACCUAUAGAACCUAUUUAAUACCUACCUAUUUAAUUAUAUUAAAUAUCAUUCUACUGAUACUGUUGUUGUACGCAUUUAAUAAGACCUUAAUUUAUUACCUACUUUGUUUCUAAAAACCUAAAACUUGUUAUAAUUAUAGUCUACAAAUUUGGUUGUCUGUGACAUUCAACUUGCAGUUAUAAUUUAAUAGAACGGAUAUUAUAAUACAAUAUAUUUUUACAUUUAAAUACCUAGGUACUUAAUUAAACAAUUAAACACAAAGUAUUAUCAUUCCAAGACUUUGCAAUAAUAAUAUGUUUUGUAUGCUUUAUUGUAUUGAUCUUUAUUUUUGGAUUCUUUUGCUCUGUAAUAAAUGGUUGUAUAAUAAUCGUUAAGCAAUUCAAUGUGAGUGUAGUAACUUUUUUGUCUGUUUAUAAGUAAAUUUAUUGGAUCAUUUCCAAUAUGUUCGUUUCUAUUAUUUGGUUAGUUGUUUAUUGUAGGUAGGUACUUCAAUACAAUAUUAUAUACACCUAUAUAAAAAAAAAUGCCCGUUGUAUACAAACAUCAUAAGUAAAUAUUUUUUUUUUUUGUUUUUAAAUAAAAACAUACCAUCUUCAUUGAAUCUAUUAUUUGUAUUAAUUGUUCCCAUGUUUUAUACUUAUAUACCUACUUUUAGAUAACUAUUUACAGGUGUAUAACUAUAUUAGUAUAGUAUUGUGUUCCAUAAUAUUAAAAGAAAGAUAACGUUAAAAUAAACGAUUAGGUGUUUUCUAAACUCUUAUCUUAAUUAUGUAUAGAUAUAAAUGCAUAUUAUAAUUAUUUGCUUGAAUACAUUGUUUUAUAGAAAUAAGAUAUUAUUACUAUUAACAUUUCUUUUAAAUAUUAUAAUAUAUAGUUCCUAAAAGAGAGAUAAAAUGAUGAGUUUUAUGUAUUCGUGUUUUAAAUAAGUCAGUACAUUAUUGACCACCUAUGAAUUCUGAUUGGUGAUGGUCAAAUGGUAUAUUUUAAAGAAAAAUAAUUGUAUUACUCAAUAUGAAUCCUAUUAUAUAUUUUAGAAACAUGCCAUUAUUCGGGAAAUCACAGAAAAACCCAGUGGAGGUUGUAAAACAAAUAAAAGAAGCCGUUGUAGCUUUAGAAAAAGGAGAUAAAAAAUUGGAAAAAGUAAGUAUAGAAUUAAAUACUGAUUUAAAGAAAAAAAUAAAAACAUUAACUGAUACUUAUAUAAUAUUUUAUCUGUAAGGUAAAUUAUUUUAUCGUUUCAAACAUAAUUUUAGAUAACACAAAUAGUUACCAAAUUCAUGUAUAGGUAUUUUCAGAGGUAUUUUUUAAAUUUGUUUAUUAUAUUUAAUUUUAUAAUACAUAUAUUCUAUUUAAGUACUUUAGUUAUUAUAUCGAUACAAUAUUCGUAUAAAAAAAAAAAAAAAACUGUGUAAUUUGAAUAAAAGAAUAUCUGAUAAGAUCAAUUAAACUUAAUAUAAUACUGACCGUUUUAAUAGAGAUCAAAGUGAUUAACUUUUGUACAUUCAUAGCUAAUAAUACUGCAGUUGACUGAUGGAUAUUAUUCUCAACCUAGUUUUAACAAAUAUUAAUGGACAGUUAAUAAAUAGUCAAUUUAUUUGUUACAUUAUUUUUGCAUUUGUAUCAAUUAUUAUUAUUAUUAUAUAUUAUUUCAGGCACAGGAAGACGUGAGUAAAAAUCUUUUGGUCAUUAAGAAUUUGUUAUAUGGAACCGCUGACACUGAGCCUUUGUCUGAUAUUGUUGUUGCCCAACUAGCGCAAGAAAUGUACAAUAACAACUUAUUACUCAUGCUGGUACAAAAUUUAACGAAAAUAGACUUUGAAGUAAAUAUUUUAAGUUAACUAGUAGAAUUUGAAUGUUCAUUUAAUAUUUAAAAUACAUACAAUAUUACAGGGCAAAAAGGAUGUUGCUCAAGUAUUUAACAAUGUUCUUCGGCGACAACUCGGUAGCAGAUCGCCUACUGUUGAACACAUCUGUGCUAAAUCAGAAAUCUUGUUUACUCUUAUUGCAGGGUAAGGUAUAUAGUCAAUAUAUAUAAUAUUAUAUUUAGUUUUUUUUAAUCUAAGGCGAGAAUUAUUAUAUUGUUCUGUUAGUAUUUUCAAAAUGUAUACUAUUAGAGUUACUUAUAGUUAUAUCUAGGGUCAGGAUUCCAGUCCAAAAUGUAAUCUAAGGCAAUGCUUUUCAAAUACAUAAUUUGAUUUAUGUAAGAUACCUACUUGAAAAGUGAACAUUCUAUUUUAAAACUUGAUUGGUAAUUUUGUUAGUUUUAAGUACAUAUUCGUAUAUUUUAAAUUUAAGUCAUUCAAAAUGAAAAGAUGUAAUGUCAAAAAAUGUUGUUUUUGUGGAAUUUGCUUUACCGAUUAGAUUUAAGAUAUUCUUCAUUAAUACACAUUGUCGAUCCUUUUAUUUUGAUAAUUUAAUAUACACAAUAUUAUAUUUUCCCCUAUUUUACAUUUUUAUAACAGGUUUUAGCUUUUUGUAUCAUUCUUUAAGGGCAUUAUUUUGAUAAAAGGCAAUGUUUAGGAUAAUUUUAACUUUUUUUUGGACCAUUUUUCAAUAGUUUUAGGGAUCCAAGCCUUAGGGAACUUCUAAACAAUAAUAAAUUAAAUAACACAUAAUCAAUUUUAAAGGAAUUUGGCAAUGUUGUAAAUUAUCUUUUAUUUAUUUUAUGCAAAUUAUUAUUUCACCUACUUUCUAUUAAAUGAAAAUAAGAGUUGUGUCUAAAUAUUUUUCUUAACCAGAAUUCAAUAAAUUAUUGAAAAUUAAAAAAAACUAUUUAUAAUUAAAGGUAUGAACAUCAGGAAAUUGCACUGAACUGUGGCACAAUGUUACGUGAAUGCGCUAGAUAUGAAGCGUUGGCCAAGAUCAUGCUUUACUCAAAAGAAUUCUUUAAUUUCUUCCGUUAUGUGGAAGUGUCUACUUUUGAUAUUGCUUCAGACGCAUUUUCCACAUUUAAAGUGUGCACUUCUAUAAUAAUAUUAAUUAAGUAUUUUUAUUUUAUUAUUUAUAAUAUAAUAAUGAUUAUGUAAAAACAGGAAUUGUUGACUCGACACAAACCACUAUGCGCAGAAUUUCUUGAAAUUAACUAUGAUAAAGUAUUUACUCAUUACCAACAGUUACUAAACUCCGAAAAUUAUGUGACUCGUCGUCAAAGUCUUAAAUUGCUUGGGGAACUUUUGUUGGAUCGUCAUAAUUUCACUGUAUGUUUUUUGUUAAUGAACACUGUUCUUGCUAAUUAUUAAUUACAUUUUAUUAUUGUCACAGGUGAUGACCCGUUAUAUAUCAAAUCCAGACAAUUUAAAACUGAUGAUGAACAUGUUGAAAGAAAAAUCUAGAAACAUCCAGUUUGAAGCAUUCCAUGUUUUCAAGGUAAAAUUUUUUGUUGGCUUUUAAUGUAUAAAAUGUAAAAAAUAAUAUUAUUUUAUUUUGUUUAUAGGUAUUUGUUGCUAACCCUAACAAACCCAAGCCUAUACUUGACAUUUUGCUUCGUAAUCAAGACAAGCUUGUCGAGUUUUUGACUAGAUUUCACACUGAAAGAUCUGAAGAUGAACAAUUCAAUGACGAGAAGGCCUAUUUGAUUAAACAAAUCAAAGAGCUAAAACCUACUGCAAGCGAUCAAUGAUUUACAGUUUAUGCAACCCGACUUCAUGACUUUUCGGGUUGUUAAAAACAGUUUUUGCUUGUCAUGAUUUUAUAAUCAGAUUGAUUAUAUUUUUAGGGUUAAUAAUAGUUAUAUAUUUGGUUUUUUUCGAAGGGGCAUUUCAAAUUUUUACAUAAGAUAUAAUAUAAAAGUAUUUAUUUAAUGAUAAUUUUAUAAACAGGUGUUUAAAAAAUUGAAAAUAUAAACCCUUAAAUAAUAUGUUUAAAUAAAAUAGCAAUUAAAAAUGGUUUGAAAGUGAAAUAUUGAUACAAUCAUAUUGUAUUAAGUCUUACUUUUUAUUAACUUCUAUUAUUAAACAUAUUUUACUUAUGCCUAUAUUUUAUCUAUGUGUAUUUAUAUUUGAUCAAGUGUUUGUAUGGAUAUUUUAAUUUAGAUAUUAGGAAACAAGUUUCUAUAUUAAAAUGGUGUCUUAUAUGGACAUUUUGUAUUUUGUAAAACUAUCUUUUAUAUAGUUAUUAUUUUUGAAAACUAUCUAUAUAUAUAUAUACUAAUCGUAUACUGUUUAUAUAAUUUAUUAUAUAUAUAUGAUAAUAAUUAUAUAAUCAGUUUUUUUUUUAGAAUUAAUGUUUGUAACUUAUGGGUGAAUAAUACACUGAAUGUGGUUCAAUACUGAAUUUUAUUUUUAAGCUAAAAUUCAUUACAUUUUAGUGUUUGUGUGUGUGUGUGUGUGUGUGUUAUAAUAUUUAAUUAAUUUAUAAAAUAUUAUUCCUACAGAUAUUAUAAUAACAUUAAUUGUGUGUUCUCCUUAUUAUUCAAAAUUUUUUUUUAUAUAAUUAAGUAGUAAUUUUGUAUUCUAAUAUUUUGUAUAGCUUUAAUCAUAAUAAUAAUAAUAAGAUAAAUAUUAUAUCUAUUCUAGUUAAAAUAUUUUUUUUCCGAGUGUAACUAAUAAUAUAACCCUUCUGCAUUAGUAACAAUAAUAAUGGUUUUUUUCUUCUUUCUUUUUUUAAAGCAUAAUAUUGUAUUCCAUUUUUUUUUCUCACAAUAAUAAAACAAUUUUAUUUAACAUGUUUUUACCUUCAUUUUAUAACCACACCCCAUGCCUAUAACAAAGCACUAUAAUUGAUUGUUAAUUUCCAAGUCUGUAGUAAUUUAUAAUACUAUGAUUAUUAUUAACUUUCUACUGAUUACGCAGUUUAUUUUUCAUAUACUAAAUAUGAGAGUAUGGAGUAAACAUUUUCCAAAAUUUCCUAU